GCGUCUAAAGUUUGUACAGAAAGUUAGAUUUUUUUGUCCCCAGAAAAGUUUUGAUUGUUUCAAAAAAUCUUGGUUCUUCGUUCUUGAUGAACUUUCAGACACGAGAAUCCUCGGGUGUAGUAUCUUAGAACUUAUUUACCCAGCAGAAGCAAAACUAUCUUUCCAUUCCAAUUCUCAAAGUGUCUUACUCAAGUUCAUCAAGUAUUGUGUAAAAAAACUUGGUAAACCACUAGCAGAGGUCGAGUUCAAAUAAUUCAGUUUUUUGGGCUAGUCUAAACAAGAAAAAGAUGCCUGGCGAAAAAGGUGUCGAAAUCGAAAUCCAGUACUGUGGCGGCUGAGGCUACAAAAAGCAUUAUGUUGCCAGCAAAGCAAAGCUGGAAAAAGCCCUUCAGGAGGAGGGCGCUGAUCCGAGUAAAAUUGAGUGGAGAGUGAUUGCUGAUCCCGGAACUACUGGUAGUUAUGAAAUACUUAGAUCCUAAUUUUGAAAUCGUAAACUACAUCCACGAUCUCUCUCGAGAUCUAUGUAUAAUGUUGUCGCGUCUUUUUGCUGUUGCGAUACUCAAUCCUUUGAACAACUACAACUACAGGCAACUUCGAGGUAAAGGUCAAUGGUGCAUUGUUGCAUUCGAAGAAGACCAAGCAACAUGGCUUCCUCGAGACGAACGAUUCUACGUUCGGUCUCGUUGCGGAAACCGUCCUCGAUAAACUCCAGCAGUAGGGCGCACGCGCUUGUGUAAAAAUGUUUCAUUAGCAUAAGGGGGCUUGUGCAAUAGAAGUCACUGUCCAACGACGACGACGAAGACGAAAAAAGGUGUGGCCUGCGUCCGCACGACCUUGUAAGAACAAUCUGCUUCGCAUUUGUAGUAUUUUUUAAGCAAGCAGAUGACUAGUCGUCGGUCUGUGCAGCACGCGACCUUCUGGGGAAUCCUCCGACCUUGGGGGGGCCGUAACAAUGGAGUACGAGGCGGUGUCACUAGAACGCAGGUUAAGUUUUUUCUCAUUUUACAACACCAGUGACGCGAUUUGUGAUAGCCUGGAGUCGAGUGACGCUCUUAGGCUGAAUGAUUGCUGAUUUCAUCGACCACUUAGAUAGUAAAACUCCGAAUGAAAAUUUGAUUAAGUCAUCUUUGCUCAACCUCGAACCCAGCCGAUACGAAGGAGGGCAAUGAAAAUGAAAAUGAUGCUGAUUGUUCAGGAUCGGAGAUGAGAAUCAUUGUCCUGCAAAUCUACUGUUUCCAGAAGCCUCACGUAAUGAUAUUACACUUUCCACCACCUCUUUUGUUCUUCUAUCCCGUACAGCACAGCAAUGUCGAGAAGAUAACGCGCCUGAAGAUCUUCUCAGUUCGAAGAUAACGCGUAUGCAAAGAAUGUUGCAGCAAGACCAUUGUUCUCCAGAAAUACGAAAGCCGCAAGGACUUAGAUCAC